AUGUGGCCGUCUCCAUUCCAACAGCCGCAGCAGCAGCACCAAGAUGAAGCCGCCUGGCCCGGGCAAUUUCGAAAUACUCAACGGUGGACCAGUACCUUUGAUGCCGAGGCAUUGGCCUCACGGAUGAGUCUUUAUGUUGGCGAUGGCCUCCUUCCUCAGAGCCAACGGGCUCCCGACCAGUGGACAGGGCAAUUACAGAACCGAAAGUCCAGAUACGGCAACCGGGCAACAUGGAUGCAAAGCGUGCUGAGGGACUACGAGGAGGAUUCCGCACCGAUUUGGGAAGGGAACUUUGCUGUGGAGAAGAGAAAGUCGUUCGUCAGCCGUGCUUCGGGGGGAAGUGAUAGGAGCUGGUACCACGAAUCGAUCGACCCCGAAAAGUUUGCCUACAAGAUACCGAGAGAGCCCCUCACCGAUGAGCAACUCCAACAGGCCGACAAAGCAGGUGGGCUCGUCACAAAGGAGGUGUUGAUGUACGACUUCCCUGGUGAGGGAACGGUCGAUGAGCCUUAUCUGGUCUCAUGGACAGAAAAUGAUCCAGCCAACCCGUUGAACUUUUCCAAGGGCAAGAAGUGGCUUAACGCUAUGAUCCUGGCUAUCGCUGUGUGGACUGUCUCGAUUGCCUCGUCUGGGUUUUCCCAAGGAACCCGGGAUAUCAAGACCGACUUUGACGUCAAUGAUACCGUCGCCCUCUUGCUCACAUCAGCCUUUGUUCUCGGCUUCGCUAUCGGUGCCCUCGCCCUCUCCCCUAUGAGCGAGGUUUACGGUCGAAAGGGACUUUAUAUCUGGACGUAUGCUGCCUUUGUUGUCCUCUCGGGCGUCAUUGGACUGCUAAACUCAGCCCCACUGCUCAUCGGCGCUCGAUUCCUCGGAGGUAUCGCUGGGUCCUUCACCCAGGCGGUUGCCCCUGCCGUCAUUGCCGACAUGUUCCGAGCAGACGAGCGUGGAUUUGUCCUCGCCCUCUUCACAUUAGCCGGUCUCAUGGGCCAAAUGCUCGGCCCCAUCUUCUGCGGUUUCCUCGACGCCGCUUUCGGCUGGCGCUCGUUGGCCAUAUUUAUCGCUGCUCUUGCCGCACCCACAUGGAUCGCCAUGACAUUCACCUUCCCCGAAACAUAUGCCCCCACUCUGCUUCGUCUUCGGGCUGCAAAAAUGGAGGCCAUUCUUGAUAAGCCGCAUCUAGUCGACGGUGUCGGCGAGCAGAAGACCGUCAUGACCCAGCUCAAGGUUGGCGCUCUCCGGCCUUGGCUCCUUCUUAUUUUCGAACCCAUCGUCAUGCUGCUCAGCAUAUUUCUCUCCGUGGUCCAAGCAACCAUGUUUCUUUUGUUCGCGGCCUACCCCAUCGUGUUCCAACAAGUUCGCGGAUGGCGCCAGGGUGUCGCUUCUCUGCCAUUCUUGGCUGUCGCGCUGGGCAUUGUCAUUGCGCUCUUCUACGCCGCCCUGUUCGACCAGCAACGUUACGCCAAGAUCCUCGCUAGGAACAACGGAAGAGCAUCUCCUGAGGAUCGUCUUCCACCAGCGAUGCUGGGCUCCAUUGCACUGCCCAUCGGCCUGUUCUGGUUUGCCUGGACGAAUGAUCCCUCCACAUUCUGGCUCAUCUCAGUCAGCGCGGGUGUUUUCACAGGCUUCGGAAUGGUCCUUCUUUACAUGUCCUUGACCAACUACAUCGUCGAUACCUACUUGGGAUAUGCGGCUAGCGCGUUGGCUGCAUCAACCGUCUGCAGAUCCGUGGCAGCUGCGGUGUUCCCCUUGUUUACGAGUAGCAUGUACAACUCACUAGGCAUCCACUGGGCCUCGUCAGUUCCGGGGUUCAUGUCAGUUGUUUUCGUCCCUUGUCUCUUGUGCUUCUACAAAUGGGGACAUAUCAUCAGGAGCAAGACUAGGUUCGCGCAGGAGGCAACUAGGAUGGCUGAAGCCAUGGCUGGGGGCAAGUGA